AAAAGAACGGCGCCAGCUCGGGGCAGGCACCAUGCUGGUGGUCUGGUACAAAAGAGAGGCCAGGCUCAGGCAGCAGCUCCGCCACAGAUAACAGCCUUCUUGCUUGCUUCAGCUGGCUAGCCGGUAGCGCCCCUCACGGCCUCACUCCACCGGAAUUCCCACUCCACCUCACCUCAUCAGGGUUCUCGAGUUCUUCAGGUAGCUCUGGUCUGGUCUGGUCUGGUCAGGUGACUGCAGCUGGUCGAUCUUGCCUCAGCAGAUCAAGUGCCAUGGAGGAAGACUCCAGAGGGAGAGCUCCUUCCACUCCCCAACUGCUAAACCUCAUCCGAGGCGAGGGAGAAUGGAAGGUGGUUAGGGAGGCAGCAGAUGGAGGGAGAUCGUCAAGAACCACAAGCUCUGAAGCCGAGGAGGACACGGAGCUGGAGCUGAAGCUGAAGCUCGGCCUCCCUGGUGUCCAAGAGGAAGAGAGACCAGCCGGCCCCAGAGAGAAGAUGCAGCAAGAACAGGAGAGCUGCACGGCACUCUCCCUUGGUUGCUUCCCGUCACAUUCGAGGCUCGCCGCUAGCACUGCUACUGCCACAGGGGCAAAGAGAGGCUUCUUGGCGACCGUUGGUGCCAAGGCAGAAGGUUGUAAUCAGAGGCACCAGGACAGGCAAGGGUGUGGGGACGAGUUAACAUUGGGAGAUGAAAACAUGGCAGGUGAGAGGAAGAAAGGGUGCUGUCCCCCAUCGUCGUCGCAUGACUCGGCUGCUGCGCCUGUGCACAGCAGCAGCAGCAACCCCCACCACCAGGGGAGAGGUGCUGUUCAUCCAGUGGUCGGUUGGCCUCCAGUCCGGGCCAUCAGGAGAAACCUCACAAAUGGUAGUUCAUCUAAGCAAUCCCCUGACCGACAAAACGAUGAAGCUGGUGACAAGGCGAAGCUAACCUGCAAGAGGAGCCCGCUUGUCAAAAUAAACAUGGACGGCAUCCCCAUUGGAAGGAAAAUAGACCUUGCAGCAUACGACAACUUUCAGAAGCUGUCGUCUGCCGUCCAGGAGUUGUUUUCUGGCUUUCUUGAAGCUCAGAAGGAUUUAGACUGCACUAAAAGUGGAGAGCAAGGAACGGAAGAGAAACUAUUUUCUGGGUUAUUGGAUGGAAGUGGCGAAUACACUUUAGUUUAUGAAGGCGAUGGAGGGAGCAGGAUACCAAUUGGGGACCUACCUUGGAAUGUAUUUAUUUCUACCGCUAAGAGACUGAGGGUCAUGAAAAGUUCAGAACCUCCCCAUGGCUUGAUUAAAACUACCUCGGGGAGGGCAGCAGAUCAUUAAAAUGAGGCCAGUCGUGCAGCCAUUGGAUCAUGCAAGCUGUUUCAAUCACCGGCUUCCUUCAGAUGACUCUUUUUCGCUUGUAGAGAUAAAUCUACUAAGAUAAAUGGUAGCAUAUUGCAGAUGCCUGAAUGCACUGCAUAUUUUGUAAUUUCCUUGCUAUUUCUGAUAUAGCUAUGCAGCAUGAUCUAGUAGGAUUUCCUUGCUAUUUCCGUUCGGCAGGCUGGAGCUGGAGGCUGGAGCUGGAGUUGUGUGAGAGAAAAACACUGUUGCCUGGCUGGUGGCUGGAGGCUGGAGCUGGAGUUGUGUGAGAGGAAAAUACUGUAGAGGCUGGAGGCUGUCCACCAGCCGAACGGGGUGUAAUUACGGUGAGAUGAAAAAGGCAUACGUAAUGUUCAGAUCACAAUGGCGAGCAUGCUAACCAAGAAAACAAGCAUAUACAACUAUGGGAGGCUAAGCUCAUCAACAAUUGAGGAGUAACUUGUUUGAGUUUCCAAAUGCUAGGGGUGUAGAGUCACCAACUCUCAUCAUACCAAUUCAGCAUCGGAAAACUCAACGCAAUUUUUUCAGGUCAAAGUAUUUGUCACAAGCACCAUGAGGAAUGCUUUGACCUGAUUCCAAUUUUUUACUGUAAAGAUCUGCGAGAAGUAUGAGGUAUACCUGUAAUUUGUACUACAAAAAAGCAGAAAAAUCCAUACAUCCAUGCAGCAAC